AUGCGCUCCUUCCAGCAAAUCCCUCUUGCGCUCUGCGCCCUGGUCGCAACAGCCGUUGCUACUACCUCUUCCGACACCAUCAGUUACGAUGCCACCGUCUACAUCACCUCGACCAUCACCCGCGUCAACACCGUCACUGCCAGCUCUUCUCCCACCGGCGCACCCGUCAACCAGACCUCAACCAUCAUCGCUAGCCACCCCACCGUUGCGCCCUCUUUCAGCUCCUUCGACGCUGGCAACGCUACCAGCAUCGCGCCCACUGCUGCUCCCUCGGCGUCUAAUGCUGCCCCCUCGGCGUCUACUGCUACCCUCCCCAGCGCUUCCGCCCCUGCCGCCUUCCCUGGCGCCGCUUCUUCUCUGACCGCAAACACCUACCUUGCCAUUGUCGCUGCUGGUCUUGGCUACCUCGCCCUCUGA